ACGAGUUGGCCAUGUCGGAUGGGGACUAUGACUACCUCAUCAAGUUGCUGGCGCUGGGAGACUCGGGCGUCGGCAAGACGAGCUUCCUGCACCAGUACACCGACGGGAUCUUCCGUGCCAAGUUCAUCGCCACGGUCGGCAUCGACUUCAAGGAGAAGCGAGUGGUGUACCAGGCCUCGGGCGAGGAGGGCCUUCUGGGCGGUCGCAAGCAGAAGAUUCAUCUCCAGCUGUGGGACACUGCCGGCCAGGAGAGGUUCCGCAGCCUCACCACGGCGUUCUUCCGCGACGCCAUGGGCUUCCUGCUCAUGUUCGACCUGACCAGCGAGCAGAGCUUCCUGAACGUGCGCAGCUGGAUGGAGCAACUGCAGAUGCACGCGUACUGCGAGAGCCCGGACGUGGUGCUGUGCGGACACAAGUCGGACCUGGAGGACCUGCGCGUCGUCUCGGCCAAGCAGGCGCGCGAACUCGCGGACUCUUACGGGAUGCCUUACUUCGAGUCGAGCGCCGCGUCGGGCGCCAACGUCGCCGCGGCCGUCACCGCGCUGCUCGACCUCAUCAUGAAGAGGAUGGAGUCGACGCUCGGACGCUCCACGCUGCCCGGCGCCCACAGGGGAAGCGGAGGCGGCCCCGGCGGGGUCUUCGCGGACGGCGCCGGCGACGUCAAGCGGAACCUGGGGAACGGCACUGACCCCACAGAGAAAACUCCAUCGAAGUGCUGAACUUCCCCUCGCAAUGAACGCGACUCGAUCUUCAACCACCAGGGAUUUGAGUGUUGUGAACGCGAGGGGGCUCCUUUGUCCGACAGAAGACGGAGCGGUGUCAAGAGUUGUUCCAUGCCGUGUUACUGUACGUUAGUGCGAUUGGUUCGGGAGACUCGUUUAAGAGGCGUCGGUGGCUCGGAGAUGUUAGCUACCUCACCUGGAGGUCGUGGGUUCGGUCCCGACUCUGACGCCUGCUGUAUAUUUUGAGUUGAAAUGUCUCUCUCUCUCUCAUCAUCAUCAUGGGGGCUAGGAGAUGUUAACUACCUCGCCUGGUAUACAGGAGGUCGUGGAUUCCAUCCCGAACCCUGACGCCUGUUGUAUAUUUUGAGUUGAAAUGUCUCUCUCUCUCAUCAUCAUCAUCACGGUGACUCGGAGAUGUUAGUUACCUCGCCUGGUAUACAGGAGGUUGUGGGGUCGACCCCGACCCUGACACCUGCUGCAUAUUUUGAGUUGAAAUGUCUCUCUCUCUCAUCAUCAUCAUGGGGGCUAGGAGAUGUUAACUACCUCGCCUGGUAUACAGGAGGUCGUGGGUUCGAUCCCGACCCUUGACACCUGCUGUAUAUUUUAAGUCGAAAUGUCUCUCUCUCUCUCUCAUCAUCAUCACGGGGGCUAGGAGAUGUUAACUACCUCGCCUGGUAUACAGGAGGUCGUGGGUUCGAUCCCGACCCUUGACACCUGCUGUAUAUUUUAAAUCGAAAUGUCUCUCUCUCAUCAUCAUCACGGUGGCUAGGAGAUGUUCGCUACCUCGCCUGGUAUACAGGAGGUCGUGGAUUCCAUCCCGAACCCUGACGCCUGCUGUAUAUUUUGAGUUGAAAUGUCUCUCUCUCUCUCUCUCUCAUCAUCAUCAUCACGGUGACUCGGAGAUGUUAGUUACCUCGCCUGGUAUACAAGAGGUCGUGGGUCCGAUCCCGAACCCCUGACGCCUGCUGUUGUAUAUUUGGAGUUUGCGUGUCUCUCUCUCCGUGGUCGCGUGGAUUUGUUCUUCGGGUCCCCCGGUUUCUCACCCCCCCUCCUCCACAUUUAGAAGCAACGCCACGCGUUUAGAGUUGAUUUUGCUGCUCUAAAUUUCGACACGAUGAUGAUGAUGAAGAUGAUAAGCUCACUUCGCGGAGCUAUCAUUUGUGAUCGUCAAGAGCUACAUAGCUCAGUGGGGGCCUUACUUGGUCAAAUAAGACAUCGUUUAGUUUUUUUAUAGUUUAGUUUAAAUAAAUAAAAACGAAUCUUUUUAAAUCUCCAACGUGGAAACGUGGCCCUCUUUGUUUGAGAGGUGUGCCUGAAGAUUGAUCACCCUAUGAAAUAGGCCGACGUUUCAGGCAGUGCCCCUUUGCCAUCACCUUGUUUCUUCUUUUGGCCUCCGUGGAUUCAACUGCCCGUGCCAUGAAGAUGGAAUCUGGUCACAGUCGUAGUAGUAGCAGCAAUACUAAUAACAAUCAUCUGUCGUUCAUAAAGUGCCUUUCAUAUCGAAAUCUCAAAGCGCUGUACAUUAAAAAAUCAACAUUAUAGUAAAAACUGCACGCACAAGUGUAGAUCGUGUAGAAUAGAUAUACGCCAUAAGCUCAAUAAUAACAAUGAUGACAACUAUGUGUGUAUCUUGAACUUCUAUCGCACCGUACGUAGCCAACCGUCCUAAUCGGAGGUGCAGUGUUGAGUCUAUAGGUAGUGUUGAGUCUAUGGGUAGUGUUGAGUCUAUGGGUAGUGUUGAGUCUAUGGGUAGUGUUGAGUCUAUGGGUAGUGUUGAGUCUAUGGGCAGUGUUGAGUCUAUGGGCAGUGUUGAGUCUAUGGGCAGUGUUGAGUCUAUGGGUAGUGUUGAGUCUAUGGGCAGUGUUGAGUCUAUGGGCAGUGUUGAGUCUAUGGGCAGUUUUGAGUCUAUGGGUAGUGUUGAGUCUAUGGGCAGUGUUGAGUCUAUGGGCAGUGUUGAGUCUAUGGGCAGUGUUGAGUCUAUGGGCAGUGUUGAGUCUAUGGGUAGUGUUGAGACUAUGGGCAGUGUUGAGUCUAUGGGCAGUGUUGAGUCUAUGGGCAGUGUUGAGUCUAUGGGCAGUGUUGAGUCUAUGGGCAGUGUUGAGUCUAUGGGCAGUGUUGAGUCUAUGGGUAGUGUUGAGUCUAUGGGUAGUGUUGAGUCUAUGGGCAGUGUUGAGUCUAUGGGCAGUGUUGAGUCUAUGGGCAGUGUUGAGUCUAUGGGCAGUGUUAGUCUAUGGGCAGUGUUAGUCUAUGGGCAGUGUUAGUCUAUGGGCAGUGUUGAGUCUAUGGGCAGUGUUAGUCUAUGGGCAGUGUUAGUCUAUGGGCAGUGUUGAGUCUAUGGGUAGUGUUGAGUCUAUGGGUAGUGUUGAGUCUAUGGGCAGUGUUAGUCUAUGGGCAGUGUUGAGUCUAUGGGCAGUGUUGAGUCUAUGGGCAGUGUUAGUCUAUGGGCAGUGUUGAGUCUAUGGGCAGUGUUAGUCUAUGGGCAGUGUUAGUCUAUGGGCAGUCAUCUUCUUGGUUCUUUCGGUAAAGUCACGUAGAAGGGAAAUAAUAAAAUCAUAAAAUAACAAAAAUAAAACAUAAUAAAAUAAUUCUCACGACGUUUCGGCUACAACGCAAGCAGCCGUCCUCAGGUGAAGAAUGAAACACCGCCAAGCUUGGAGCGUAUAUUUAAGCUGGGUUGGAGGGGGAAGAAGAGCGCCUUGACAAAAUAAUUUGCAUAUCAAGAGGAAUUUAGCAUAGAGAGAGAGAGACAGUCGUAGAGGGAAGACGAGGUUUUUUGAGCCUGGAGUUGAGAAUGUACAGGGAGUAAACAGCAUGCAUAGCUGGGGGAAGAGCGGUCUAGCCAACGCGGGCAGCAGAGGAGAAGGAGCGACCUUCCACUGAGCGGAGGUUGACCGGUGCCUUAAACAGAAAGUCUUGGCUGCUGGGGGGGAGAGUGAGGUGCGAGGUAGGAGAGUGCGUGGAGGGGAGUGGAGUGAGAUGAGAGGGGAGAGGCGGGUGAGUGUGUGGAGGGGAGUGGAGUGAGA